AUGGCAACCCGAUGGGGACUGUGCGGUGCAGGGAAGAUCUGCCACGACUUCAGCGUGGCUCUGAAGACUCUGCCUCCUGGAGAUCACCGGGUACUACAUCUUUAUCCAGCAAGCUCACCGCAUCUUCAUUGUCACUCAGGAUGGCCUAACAGUGCAGCACAUUUGUUUUUGUGUUUUUUCUAUUUCUACAGAUAAUAGCCAUUGCAUCCAGAAGCUUAGAGCGCGCCCAAGAGUUUGCCAAGAAGCAUGGUAUUACCAAAGCUUAUGGCAGCUAUGAGGAGCUGGCCAACGACCCAGAUAUCGGUGAGUUUAAAUGUAUAGGCAGCAAUGAUGGGUUUGUGUCACUGUUUAAGGCUGAAUCUGGAAUAUGUGUAUCCUCACAGACAUCAUACAUCUGGGAGUGCUGCACACAGAGCACUGGCGAGUUGGCCAGCUGUUCCUUGAAGCUGGUAAGAACGUGUUGUGUGAGAAACCCUUUGCCAUGAAUGUCAGACAGGUGAAGGACCUUGUUGCCUCAGCCAAGAAAAACAGCGUCUUCCUGAUGGAGGUAGGAAUGCAGAGGUGAACCCAACUGCUUGAUGGCUGUUGGGGUUAUCACAGGACAACUGGAAGGCAAUGACCUUGACAAACAUUCAUCAUCCUUUAAAGUAUCUUUUUAUCCAGCAUGAGUGAAUGUUUUGCUGUAGAUGAGCAUGUUAAACAUUUCAGAGAUGUCCAACACCUUAUUUAAAUCUGUGUUGAAAUUAUGCAUAAACAAACAACCAGUUAGCUCAGUGCAUAAGUACUACAAACAGGGGUUAACUCAAGUGUCAACCUCCCAGUCUUGAGAAAUUAUGCUGCUUCAGAAGUGCUAAAAACUGUGUUUUCCUGGCUGUAGAAGCAUCAGACACUAAAAACACACUAAACCAAAAAUAGCCCAUAUUUAGGGCAAAAUUUGCAACCUGGUACAAAAAAAAAGAAAAAGAAAAACCUGCUUUAGUCACUGCUCCCACAGUGUCCACUGUAAGUGUUUUUUGUAACAGAUUUCUUUCAAAGUUUUUAAGGUUACAAGGUUAGCGAAUCAGAGGCAAUGCUGACUUGACGGACAGACAGGCAGGCACUCUCUAGCUCUUUCUGAGGAGGAGGCUAAAUACCUGCUUUUGGUAGUUUGUCCAAACGUUAGACUAAGUCAUCGUUUCCAAUUUGGUGACGGUUACUGAAAGGCUUCGAAAAUCAGCUUCAGGAACACUUGCGUGAAGUCAGACUGCUAUAUGGCCAUUAAUUCUAGUUAGUCUAAUAAACCUGGCUCUGGUCAAAUAAUAUUUCCAGGGCUUGACUCAGUGUUGCUCUCUUUGUUACUUGCUCUGAGUUAUACUCUAUAUUUCAGUGACAAAUCCAAAAGAAGUAAUUGAUGGACUUUAGUAACUUCAGAGGGGCUCCCUGUACCCCAGUGGUUCUACUAACUAGCCCUUUGUUGUUGCUUAGUAACUUCUUUGGCUAAUACACCUCGACAGCAAAUAGCGCCACCACACAAAUAGCCCCUACAUGAGUGAAGGAGGAGUGAAUUUAUGUGGUUGCUGCUUCAAUAAAACUCCAGAAUUGGCUGUUUACUGUUGCAGUGGUGCUAGUUUGUCUACUCUGUCUCUCUCAGGCCAUCUGGUCCCGCUGUUUCCCUAUCCACGGAGAGGUGCGCAGACUGCUGGCAGAGGAGACAGUAGGGGAGGUGAAGCUGGUUAAGGCCUACUUUGGCUCCCCUCAGCUCCACAUCCCCCGCGCGGUGAAGAAAGAGCUGGGUGGUGGCGGGCUGCUGGAUAUCGGAGUGUACUGUCUGCAGUUUGUGCUGAUGGUGUUUAAUGGUGAAAGGCCAGAGUCCAUCCAGGCCACAGGGACUCUACUUGAUUCAGGUAUGAUUCAGCAAACGGGUCACGCUGCAUAGGUGGGGUGUAGAUUAGUAUCAUUAACCACACAUCAUGAAUCAGUGAUCACAAACCGGUCAUUGAAACUGCUCUCUCUAUAAAAAGUAGAAAAUGAAAACCCUCUGUGAGACUCAGAAAUCAUUUCUUUUAUGAACUUUCCAAAAUGAAAACACCUCAGGGAAAAAUUCUUCACACAGAAAAUCCCAGACUUAUCUCUGAAAUGUCAUACUAAUCCAAAUCCUCCCCCGAGAAUACGGUAAUACAGUAAAAGUGGCAGGGGAAUAUGUAACUGCAUGUCUCACAGCAAGAUAUCCUUCAAUGAAGAGCCAUCAAACUAUGCAUGUAAUACGCAUUUCUUAUCUUUAACCUAUCUUUAUGUGGCAUAUCUGACAAUUUAAUAGUGUAUUUUUAGACCAUACUUUUUCCAAAAAGUCAUGCAAGUUAAGUUGAACCAAAUUGAACUGAUUUGACCUAAUUGGAUGUGCUGAUCAAAAAUGCAUUGAAAUGACCUGAAGCGAACUGAACUGAAUAGAGUCUGAAAAGUGGAAUUUAACUGAUCUUCACUGCAAUAAUUUAAAGCAUUAAUUUCAGUAACAGUGAUUGACUUUCCUAAAUGUUUGGCAGGAGUGGAUGAGUCCGUGGUUGUGGUGAUGAAGUUCUCCAAGAACAGGAUUGCCUUCUGCGCCUGCUCGAUCUCUACUCGACUUUCAAAUGAUGCUGUCAUCAGUGGCACCAAGGGCUCCAUUAGAGUAUGCUGUGCCAGUCUUGUAGCUGUAACGUUUGGCUUAAUUAAGAAAUGAUUGAGACAUGCAAAAGCUGAGCUGACUGCUAAUUACUUUCACAUUUAAUUAAAUUGAAGUAUUCAGACACAGAACCAUACCCGCUACUUUUUAUGAGUAAUAAGCUGAGUGAUUGGUUUGCACAGAGAUGCAUUUCCUCUUUCCCCUCCAGGUUGUUGGCCCCAUGCACUGCCCGACAACGCUUGUGGUGAAUGGAAAGGAGACUGAGUACCCAUUACCUGAACCCUGCCUGCCUUUGAAUUUCACCAACAGCACCGGGCUUCGCUAUGAGGCAGAGGAAGUGAGGCAGUGCCUGCUGAAAGGUGGGUCGUGAUACAGGGAAAGUUGUGUAUUUCUCUUCAAAGAGAUGGCAUCUUUGAACAGAUAGAAGCAAACAUUUCAAAGGUAAGGUGAGAGACAGACAGAUGCAAUUCAGUGAAAUGUUACUUUCAUGAUCUAUUUUGUUUGAUGACUGCUCUGAUCAGAUUGCUUUAAUCUGACUGGUUAUUCAUCUUAUUCAUCCUCUAACAUUAUGUUAUCAUACAUGGUUUUUGCGUCGUAUAUUAAUGAACAUGAUCUAUCCCUGCAUAACUGAACUGUGGUUGUAAACAGACUUUCAAUUGACCUGAUUCUCCUUUUACACGCCUCUUCUUCUGCAGGACUUAAGGAGAGCCCACGGAUGCCUCUGGCAGAAUCUGUUUUACUGACAGAGAUCAUGGAUGAAAUCAGGAAGCAGGUGGGAGUUGCCUUCAGCCAGGACAGCCAGUGA